UUAAACCGACUUUUAUUUUUUAAUGUAAACGCAGCACAUCUGCUUCCGGGGUUGAAGGGCCUCAACGUGGUGCAGCAGGAGCUCAACGUGUGUAGCAGCUCGAAAUGAAACCUCGUAUAAACUGAAGGAGCAACUGCAAAUUCAGCGUUCAAACUUUAAUCUGUUCAGUGAUGGGGGAGUUCAAGGUUCAUCGUGUUCGCUUCUUCGACUACAUGCCCUCAGCUAUCCAUGCUCUGGCUUUCGAGCCUAAGCGUGAGCGGAUCGCAGCGGCGAGGGCAGACGGCUCUGUGGAGAUCUACGACGUGGCUGACAACUUCUUUCAGGAAAAGGUGGUUCCUGGGCGAGAGAAGCGAGCCACUGAGGCUCUGGCUUGGGUUGGAGAGCGUCUCUUCAGUGCAGGUUUAAAUGGCGAGAUAGUAGAGUACGAUUUGGACAACCACAAGGUGAAAUACACACUCGAUGCUUAUGGAGGCCCCAUUUGGGCCAUUGCAAGCAACAAGCAAGGAACUCAUUUGGCUGUUGGUUGUGAAGAUGGUACUGUUAAGCUGUUUGAGGUGUGUGAAGAUAAAAUCCAGUUUGAAAGGAAUCUGGCCAAGCAAAAAGGACGCAUCAUCUCACUAUCCUGGCAUCCUUCAGGCUUGAGGAUAGCUGCAGGAAUGAUGGAUAUGAUUCGGGUCUUUGAUACUGAAACAGGUCAGUCAGUUCACAGGCUGCUGGUGGAGCGUGGAAUAGGAACAGCUAAGAGUAAGGAGUGUGUCGUUUGGAGUGUGGUGUACCUCAGCGACGGCACCAUCAUCAGCGGAGACUCGUCUGGGAAGGUUAAGAUAUGGGAUGAUUGCACAGGAACACUGAUUAAAAGCCACCAGGUCACCAAGUGGGAUGUGCUGACAUUAUCAGCUUCUCAGGAUGAGACCAGUGUCGUUGCCGGGACGUCAGAGGGAACCGUAGUCCAACUCCAGUUCAUUUCCAUGGUUCUGGGACAGGAGGAGAAAGAGUGGGUCCGAACCAGAACCUUUAAGAAUCACACGCAUGACGUCCGAGCUGUUCUGGAGAUCAACAUGGCCAUUGUUUCAGGAGGAAUGGACACCCAGCUUGUCAUGAGGCCUCUCUUGGAUAAAAUUGAAGUGAAGACCACUGCUACAGCCUUUCGCAAGAUCCAUUUUCCUCACCGGAGUUUAGUGUCCUGCGCAAAGAAAACUGGUCUGCUGCUGUUCCAGUACCCAACACAUCUGGAUCUGUGGAGACUCGGGGAGAGCGAUGGUACCGGUGAGAGAAAAACAUCAUCAUGGAUGCCUGGAAGCAGUUUAGCCAUUAAAAGGAAGCCAGAGAAAUUACUUCACUUAAAGAUAAAGGGGGAGGAUCAUGUCUGCUGCAGUGCCGUGUCUCCGUGUGGAGAGUGGAUCGCUUACUCUACAGUGGCCAGCUUCCGGCUAUACAGACUACACUGUGAUAACAACAACGUCAGCAUCACUAAGAUAUCCAAGCUCCCAAAGAUCCUCAGCUCAGCCAAUCAAAUAUGCUUCUCUUCAGACUCCUCUCGUCUGUUUGUGGCUUCUACAUCCUCUACAGUUCAUGUGGCAGCUCUGAGCCAAACAGAAUGCAAGCUCAUAUCUUCUCUUAAGUCAAAAUCAGGCUCUGGUCAGGCCAUUCAUCUGUUAGCAGCAAGCGAGGACGGAAAAUGGCUGGCCUCAGCCAACAGUGCCCAUGAGGUUCAUGUGUAUAACCUGAAGAAGAUGAAGGUACACUGCACGGUGCCUAUUUAUAGCUCUGGAGUCAGCGCCAUGGCCAUCCACCCAACAACUAACAACCUGUUCGUGGUGCAUGCAGAUCAGCAGCUGUUCGAGUACUCUAUAGAUCAGAAACAGUACACCGACUGGAGUCGAGUGGUGCAGAAGAACGGCCUUCAUCAUGUGUGGCUGGAGAGAGACACACCCGUGACUAAUGUAACCUUCAGUCGCAAAAACCCAGCUCACAUUGUACUACAUGAUAUGUACAUGUUCUGCAUCAUUGAUCAAACCCUGCCCCUUCCUGAUAAAAAGUCUCAGUUCUACAAUCAGCUGACUCUGCGAAGCCUGCCUGAGAAGGAAAGGAAGUCUCAAAGCCAUGCUUUCAAAGUUUGCAAGACUUACAAGGAGCUGCUGUUUGCUGGGCUGAUGGAGGAUCAGUCACUGGUGGUGGUGGAGCGCCCCCUGUUGGACAUCACUGCACAACUCCCACCACCUGUCAGACAGAAGAAGUUUGCUACAUAAGUGUAUGUGUGUGUGUAUGUAUGUGUGGUGUGUGUGUGCUCAUGCAAAUGUGUGUGUGGUGUUUGAGAGUGAGAGAGAAUUGAGAUGUAUUGUGAACCUGCUCAUCCCCAUGCUUUGUAUUAAAUGUUUACUACAGUAAUAAACAGAAUAUUUACUGUAAUAUGAACAUCAUGGGCUUGUCAUUUUAUCUUAAAAUAUUAGAAUUAUUUUAAUAUUGACGUUUUGAUUCUCACACCUCCUUUAAUGAGUGAAAUGCUUAAAUCUGGUGAAAUGUUUUUUUGUUUUUUUUUAUAACAGAUCUCAGUAUUUUGUUUCGAUUGUCUGCUUUUCUAGUUUCACUUUGCCAUAAAGACAAAAAAUAUUGCAGUUAAUCCAGAUUAUUCAAUAUAAUCUUGACAUUAAGGCAUAUGAAUAAUGACAGGUACGGUAGACUGCAGAAAGAAAACUGAGAUUUUAUUCACAUAGGAAUAACAAACACUGCAUAUAUCUGUAGCACCUUUUGUAUUCAUAAUGUAUUAUAGCUGCACUUCUAACAUCGUUCAGCAGACAAAAUGUCUUGUACUUAAUUCCGUAUGAAGUACUGUACUGUACAUGUGUAGUUAUGGUCACAUGAACAGCAUGUCAGGUUGCAUAAUGUAUUAUAUAUUUGUUCAACAUACUAUGACAGGGUAUGUUAUAGCAUCUGCAUCACAUGAUUUUGGAAAAAAAAUUCUCUUUAUUUAAUAUUUUAUAUAAAAUUUAUAAUAAGGAAUCUCUAAGUGUUAGCACUUUGUUAGUAAUUUGUAAUGCUGCAAUUUCCACCACAGGAAAGUCUUCAGCAAUCGUAGCAUUUUGUGGUUUCUUGGUAACAACCAAACAAAAAACCCCAAAUAUAUAACCUCUAGUUGUAGCUGUGUAUGGACAAUAAGUACGAUAUGCUGUUCUUUAAUAAAUAAGUACAGUAUAUGUAAUUGCUGACACUGCUAUGGUGUAAACGGAAUAAAACACAUCGAUGAAGGAAGAUUUUAAGUUUUAUAAGGUGCUAUAAAACAUGUUAAAUAUGUUUGUAUAAUGCAUUAUGAAUACAGGAUUAA